AUGGCCAUAAUCGGCUCCGGCCUAGGCGGCACCCUGCUCGCCUUGCAACUCCUGCAAUCCCAAAACCCGACCCACACCCCCGUAAUCUACGAAAGUCGCCCCGAAGGCUACCCACAAGGCCAACACAUCUCCCUCGCCCCCAACGCCAUGCGCAUCCUCUCGCACAUCCCGGGCCUCAUCCCCAAGUUACAGAACCUCGGCUUCGAAUACGAGAAGCUGCAUUUUCGAAAUUCGAAUGGAGGCAGGAUCGCGACGUUCGAUAAUGGCGGUGUGGACGCGUAUGGGUUCCCCGCGAUGAGGAUCCAUCGGAGGGCGUUGUUGGAGGUUUUGACGGGGGUUUGUGAGGAGAAAGGGGUCGAGAUUUGGUACAACAUGAAGCUAGAGGGGAUUCAGGAGGAGGGGCAGGAGGGGAGAGUGAAGAUGCGGUUUCAGGGUGGAGAGGAGGCUGAGGCGGAUUUCGUGGUCGGUGUCGAUGGAUUACACUCCGUCGUGAGGGAGUACGUUGCCCCCAACAGCGCUUCCUCGUACGCGGGCAUGCUCGGCGUGACGGGUUAUCUCCCGCGAGAGAAGCUCCAUUCUUCCGUGAAGGAUAUCGAACUUCCUUCGCACUUUGUCGGCAAGACGGGGUUCAUGGCCAUCAUGCCCUCGAGUGCUUCGGGGGACGAAGUUGGCUUCUUCUCGACGAUGGAGCAUGCUGAAACGAAGACGAGGGAGGAGUGGGAUGGAUUGUUCCACGACAAAGAGGCGAUCAGGAGGAUUCUGCUGGAGAGGUUUGGGCGGCGGGAUGGGUGGUGUGAGCUCGUGGGACAGAUGUGUGAGACGGCGGAGGAGGAGAGUCUAUGUUCUUGGCCUUUCUUCAUCGCCCCGAAACUUCCAAGUUGGACCUCGCCCAGCCGCCGAGUCCUCGUUAUGGGGGAUGCUGCUCACGCUCUGAUCCCAACUGGAGGACUAGGAGCCUCUCUCGCCUUUGAAGACGCAGAAUGCCUCUCUCGUGUGUUCAAGCACGUCGCGGAACAACCAGAAACCCUCGACUCAGUCAUGGGCGCUUGGGAGGCGCAUCGCAAGGAGCGUCUUGCACUGGUCCAGCAGUUCACGAACCGCAAUAGGGAGAUCCGUGCGCCUGGGAUGAAUGCCUUGCUGCAGCACUUGAAGGAGUGGGCACUCUGGGUGGCGUUGAGCUUCGUAGGGAGUGAUAGGAUUGCUGGGGAGAUAUAUGGGUAUGAUACGAAGGCGUUUGAAGAGGUUCUAAAAGAUCUGGAGAGUUAA